AUGGCUGUAGCUACCAUCGAUAUUAUGCCGAAACAGGCGUCCUCCUCUCCUCUCUCCUCCAACAACCCUUCCAUGAACAAGCGCUGGCCCCCUCUUGCCGACAAGACCUCCCUGCCUUACAAGCUCACCACCCUGUCGCGCCAGAAGCUCGCCCGUGAGGCCACUGCCCCGGACCCAGAUAUCAGACGGUGUCUCGGUCACUUCCGCCUGCAUGUUAUCUCUAUGGAGUGGGCACAGAAGGACAUGACUACUCGAAUCAACUCUUUCGAACUGGAGGAUGACGAGUCCGAAGAGGAGGAAGAAGACAGCAAGCGCGACGACGCUCAGGACAAGGACUCUUACCAGAGUGACUCCUCCGAGGAAGAGAAGGAAGACUCCGAGACCAAGGCAAAAGAGGGUACUACUACGGACGCCCCUUCGGACAAGGAGCCCGUCCAGGUGACCUUCACCGUCUCCUUCGACCAAUCUGCUCCUGCUCCUGCUCCAUCCGACGAUAAAGAACAAGGUCUCCUAGAGAAAGGCCGCAACUGUCUCGAGAAGACAAAACACCUGUGGCAAUCACCUGCGCAGUGCAUACCCGUUCGCAUUUCCGGGUAA